UUUCAGAUUUUCAAAAAGAUGUACUUACAAGUUCGGGUGUGUUCACACAGAGAGCUACGAUAAUGGGAAAAGCUGACUCAAGAAGGGGCUAUAGAAGAAACAAGAGUCACGGAACAAGUAGUCACUCUCAAUCUCCAGUACUGCUUAGCAUCGACUCUCUCUCUCUCUCUCUCACUGUCUCUCUUUUCUCUGCGUUCAUUUGUGCAACCUAUCUCUUUCUUCUUCUCCUCCAAAAUUAUCAUAAGAUCUCUCUCUCUCUCAACAAGUUUAACAGUGACAUUUGUAUAUCUGGACUCCAUCCAUGGCUGCUCUGGUUCUCUAUCUCCUCACUCUCCUCAUGGCUGGUCAUUCUAGUGCCUCAUGGUGUGUGUGCAAAACAGGGCUUAGUGACUCAGUGCUACAGAGGACGUUAGACUAUGCCUGUGGAAAUGGAGCUGAUUGUAACCCAACUCACCCAAAAGGGUCUUGCUUCAAUCCUGACAAUGUUAGAGCUCACUGUAACUAUGCUGUUAAUAGCUUCUUUCAAAAGAAAGGUCAAGCUUCUGAAUCUUGUAACUUCACCGGUACUGCUAUUCUUACCAUCACUGAUCCCAGCUAUACAGGAUGUGCAUUCCCUUCAAGUGCUAGUGGUUCUAGUGGAAGCAGCAGCAGCAGCAGCACUGUGACGCCAGGCAAAAACAGUCCAAAAGGAAGCAGCAGCAUCAACACAUUUCCCGGUGGAAACAGUCCAUACACUGGCACACCAACUACCGGAUUAUUAGGAGGCAAUGUCACUGAUGCUACUGGAACCGGUUUUAACCCGGAUUACUCAACCGAAAGCUCCGGUUUCACGCUACAUAACUCCUACAGCCUUCUCUUUACCAGCUUGUGGUCUGUCUUGAUGAUGAUCUGAAGAAGAAUCGCUGUCGUUUUCUUCUGUUCAGCCAAAAAAAAAAAAUGUUAUUUAUGUUAUUAUUUUGUUGUAUCAGAGAUGAUUAUAAUCCGAAUUUCGGUUCGGUUUUUUUAUUUUCCGGUUUAAGAAAACGGUUCUUAAUGUAAAACCAAAUCUACUAUAGAUGGUUUGGUAUGGAUUCUUUAUCUUUUUUUUUCAAACGGUUUAAAGUUA